AUGGCUGUUGGAGCAAAUAAUUUUGGAUAUAAACAUGUCCCGCUGCUGAUAAUUGCUGAAAUCAUUUGCGAAAAAUGUAUUGCUGCUGGGAUAGGAAUUGGCGAUAUUGGUCAACAUGCAAAUGGAUGUUUCUGUGGUAAACCAAGAGGUGAAAGAUGGCAAAGAUGGUGCUCUACACCGUUUAAAAAUGGCCCUGGCGACAACACCCCAUUGCCUGAGACUCUUGGCUAUAAUCCUCGUCGCAUGUAUUUCCAUAGCUUUGAUAACGAGGAAGAAAAUCCCGUGGAUCAAUUUUUGGACUAUCUUCUAUCUUACGGGUCUCAACAAAUUCUAACAGUUUGCAUAGCCCACAAUGGAGGCAAAUACGACUUCCAUUUAAUUCUUGAGGCCCUCCACAGGCGAAAUAUCCCUCCAACAAGUCUUUGUACAACAGGGCUAAAGAUCUACUCUAUGAGAAUUGGAGGAAACAACCAAAGAAAAAUACUUUUCAAGGAUUCUCUCAACUUCUUCAUUUGUGAACUAGAUGCUCUUACAAAAGUUUUUUCUUUGCCGGAGGAAGUUGCCAUAUCAAAACCAUUCUUCCCAUAUCUCUACAUUAUGCGACAACAUUUGCAUUUGAGAAUUCAAGGGUUACCUGCACUUGACUACUAUCAACCAGAUUUUAAAAAACCUGAAAAAAGAGCCAAGUUGCUUGAAUGGCACCAAGAACAAAUGAAUACACCAACAACAAAUUUUCAACUACGAGAACAACUUCUACUCUAUUGCGCAAACGACGUUGCCAUUCUUCGUGAAAGUGCCUUGAUCCAUUCUUGA